AUAUUUCACAGACUAAAGCAUCCUUUCAUCGGUGAAACGGUAGUUGAUUCAUCGCGCCUGGCCGUCAGACAGACAUGACAUGUUCCAUUUGAUACACAGAUUGAAGACUCCACUGCUGUCAUUUGGAGGAACGCGCACAAUAUCCCAACUGAUCAACAUGGAGAAGCCCUGCAUACUGGCCACUACCUUCGGAGCACCUGGAGGCAUCUACAAAUGCUUUGCACCUGUUGUCGAGAAACACUUCACCAUUAUCCCAUACGAGACAUUCCUGCUAGACCAGAAGAAUCUGUCAGAACAGGUCAAAGCAGUGUUUGUAUGGGGCGUUGCCCUGAAAGUUGACAGUCUGAUGCAGUCUCUGCCUAACCUCAAGGUGGUGGUUAACGGAGGGGUGGGAGUGAACCAUCUGGACAUACCCAUGAUCAACAGCUUUGGGGUGAAGGUGUGCAACACCCCUCAUGUUGUUGACAACGCCACUGCCGACAUCGGGAUGGGUUUGAUGCUGGCGUCUGCAAGGAAGAUCGUCGAAGGUCACCAUUACACCCUAACCCACAACAAUGAGGACUUGCCAGAGAGCUCCAUGGGUAUGGAUGUCAGCGGGGCCACCCUGGGCAUCAUCGGUAUGGGGAGGAUAGGAUACAAGGUGGCCAGGAGGGCCCAGGCGUUUGAUAUGAAGAUCCUCUAUCAUAACAGGAACCGCAGGAAAGAGGAAGAGAGAGCAGUGGGAGCGAUGUACUGUGCCAACAUGGAGGAUCUGCUCCAGCAGUCAGACUUUGUGAUGGUGGUGGUGAACCUGUCACCUGCCACCCAGAAACUGAUCGGUGCCAAGGAACUAGCCAUGAUGAAACCUACCAGCACUCUCAUCAACAUCAGUAGAGGCCUCGUUGUAGACCAAGAUGCGUUGGUGGAAGCACUCCAGAAGAAAGUGAUCCGAGCCGCUGCACUGGAUGUGACUUAUCCUGAACCCCUACCAAUAGGCCACCCCCUUGCUGCUCUUCCAAACGUCAUCAUCCUGCCCCACAUAGGGACCAACUCCGUUGAGACGAUGCAGAUAAUGGUGGAGAAGAUGGUGACCAACGCCCUGGUAGUACUAGGAGGGAACCAUCCUCCUGAUGAGGUCAAGGUGUAGGUCAGAGAAGUUUCCUCUAGGUACAGAUCUAGGACCAGUUUCUAUUCCCCCAAUCCUAACCUGAACCAUUAGUGGGCAAAAUGCAAAAUUUAAAACCAAAAUCGGCAUCUAGGGGCAACUUCCCCCUAUUCCUCAGGAAUCACCCUGGACCCUCCAUGCCAGUUUUAACUAGCUGCCAUGCCUUAGAGCAGGGGUGUCAAACAUACGGCCCCGCACACGAGGGGGUCCAAUCUGACCCAUGGGUGGUUCGAGUGGCCUCAAAUAUUUAGGAAACAUUCAUGCAGUAUCUUGACUGUGUCCAGCUCGCUAAUAAUCCCCGAAAUUAGAGCUACACAGUCAGGGAGCAAAUUUCUAAAAUGAUGGAUAAAGGACUAUUUUUUUUCUCACAUUUUGACGGCAAGGAAAUACAACACAUUCAGUGCGGCCCUCCGGGGUCGUCGGGGUGCCCCCCUUCCAGCAUUGGGGAACAUCCGGCGCCAUGUCUAUUUCUAUGGGCACAAGCAGUGUUCCUGACACAAACUGUUCACACCCUUCUUGUUGGUGGAGAGAAUUUUGCAGGUUUAAAGCUUAUUUCCUGCAAUUCAACACAUUUUGUCAAGGGGUGCAAAUCAAAUGUUGCAGUUUUAAAGCAAAAAUAUUCUUGCAAUUCCAUACAUUUUGCCUUGUCUAAUGUGUAUACAUGUGAUAUUUGUGUGAUAAAAAAAUGACCACAAUAUCUAUGGGCUAAAAAAUAAAAUAAAAACGUUAGCUGACAUGGGCUAGUUGAUUUGGACAUUUCAGACCAGUUAUACAUGCAUAGCUAUUAAGGUCUGCAAUCACACGUGACCCAAUUUCAGAAUUGCACCUUGUGCAUUCUACUAUUACAACUUUCAAAAGUAAGUUUAAAGCCAGACUGAAUUCCUUUAAAAAAUAAAUAAUAAUAAUAAUUGGGGGGGGACCCCCUCCCUCCCCCUGCCGACCUCUCAGUUUGGGAACCAUUGUUGUAGAAGACCUGCCUUAGAGGGUCCUAACUUCCACCAUCAUUGAUCUAGCAGAAUGUGGAAGGAAGGAGGACGAUGGGGUAAAUCUAUCCUGCGGGGAUGAAGGAAAGGAGAGGAGGAAAAUGAGAUAUUUAGUAUUGAGACUUAGCCACCACAAUGCAGCAGUGUCACUGUAUUUCUAACUGCAAAAUAAACAACUUGACACACC